AUGGUCGUCCUUAGAACGCAGUCCGACUUUGGCCAUGCGCCACCUCCUCAGACCCCGUACAGCAUCAUCUCCAACUUGCCCGGAUGGAAUAUGCUUCAGGGAGUCCGUGACGGAGACAUGUCUCCCUUUGCCAAAGUUGUCCAUGUCUAUCCGCGCUUUGGUCCAACUCAAUUUGCUGCUCAGCUUGGCCAGGAGGUUGCAAAGAGACUAGGCCACGAGGGCAAGUCUUGCAUGCUUUAUCUCAACCCCAUUAUGUGGCCUUUUACGGCUGGCCAUGUCCAGAACAAGGCCCGAGAAGAAGCUGCCAUUACCCCAGACAAGCUAACAUUCAAGUGCAUCGACGUGGCUGGCCACCGCGUCUAUGCUGUCUUAUUUGAGCCAAUGCACACCAAAGCUCUCCUUCUGAGUUGGGGAGCUCCCGGCCUUGGACUCUCUAUUCGCAUCGCCGAACACUUGUUGAAAAACAUUGACACCUUGGUCGAAAUCCCAUUUGAAGAUUACAAGAACCCACCCAAGCCAACUUUCACACCCGCUGGUCCGGCCCACCAGCUACUCCGCGAGCGCAUCCACCAGCUCGUCCACCGCGCCUCCAUCGAUCCAGAGCUGGUCAAAAGCCAACCCAGUGAUGUCUUCCUCUUCCCCACCGGUAUGGCUGCCGUCUUCCACACGACAAAUCUCAUCCAGGAAUACCGUCCUGGAACCAAUAUUGUCCUUGGUGUCGUCUUCCACAACACGCACCAUCAUUUACACGAAGAGAGUCCCAAUGGGUUUAAGCACUUCGGCACGGUUGAUAAAGAAGGUCUCGAUGAAAUGGAGACAUGGCUCGAUGGGGAGGCCAAAGAAGGCAGAAAAGUUAGCUUCGUCAUUGUUGAGUUUCCUGGGAACCCAACCUUGGAAAGCACAGACCUGCCUCGCCUCAAGAAGCUGUCCGAAAAGCACGGCUUUGUGCUGAUUGUCGACGAUACACUGGCGGGUUUUGCAAAUGUUGAUGUGUUGGCCUAUUCGGACGUCCUCCUUACCUCUCUUACCAAGUCGUUUAACGGCAGGGCUGAUGUUCUUGGCGGCUCAAUCAUCCUCAACCCCCUCUCUACCCACUACAGCGAGCUGUCAUCUCGAUUUGCCAAGUUGCACAACAACGAGCUCUUCGCUGAUGAUGCAAAGGUGUUGCUUGCCAACUCACACGAUUAUCUCCAACGUACGCGCCUUUUGAAUCGUAACGCGGAAGCCAUGGCAACCUUCCUACACCGAACAAUUGGCCGCGAUGAUUCUCCCGUGGUCAAUGUCCAGUACCCUAGUCUACUGCCUGACAAGUCCAACUAUGAUCUCUUCUUGCGGCGCAGCACCACUGAUCUCCCCAACCCAGGAUACGGCUGUCUCCUGAAUGUCGAGUUCGAGAGUGUGGAAACCGCUCGGGCGUUUUACGACAAGUGCGGGUUCUACUCCAGCCCACACCUGGGCGGUCAUGUCACCAUCAUGUUGGCCUACAAUAUGAUGAUGUUUGGUAAAAAGGCUGGGGAAAGGGAGGCGUUUAGAGGGUUUGGUGCCAUUGAAGAAAGUAUAAGACUUUCUGCCGGUUUGGAAGAUGCAGAGGAUUUGAUUGACACGCUCAAGGAUGCACUCGAUGCGGCGAUUGAGGUGAAGAAGAAGGCAGCCCCGAAUGGCACCGAAUAA